UAUACAUUGAUCAUGGGCUUGGGAUCGACCCGGCAGCCGGCGUCCCCUGGCACAUGUCCGAGUUCGUGGUGUUGCCGAACGGCGUGGAUCGCCUGGGCCUGCGCGAGGAGGCCUCGCUGCCCAGGGACCUCCAUGCGGCCCUGUCCGGGGUGCGCCGCACGGAGGAUUUCCUCAGGCGGCUGGCCGGGGAGGAUAUCGGCCACGCGCAGAGGGGGGUGCCCCGAGCCCCUCGGGCCAUGGAAAAUUUCAAGACGGGAGGUGUUGCGCUAUUUUCGGCCUCGAGGGGGCCCUUCCUGGGCCCCAGGACCGUAUAAAAAACCAUUCAGAACGAGAAACCAGUCCAAGAGUCCAGAAUUCUGGGAGUCGACGUCAUGAAAGGCAUGACGUCGGGGGUCUGGGUAUGGGGAGGUGGAAGGCUUGAGGCGGCUUCUUAGAGGGCGCGGGCCUUAUUUAUGGAUGCAGGGCCGGCGCCUUCUGCGAAGCAGCCUCUUUCUAAGAAGCCGCCCCCUCUCCCCGUACCCCUUUUGCGCGCGCCGCCAAAGGACGCCAUGCUAGAGAAGUACAAGGCCGGAGUCGAGUACGUUAGCAUGGAGAAAGGCAGGGUGCAGGUGAGCGUGCUCCCGAAGGAGCGGCGCAACCUCCGGGGGCGCAUCCGCGAGGUGCUCCGGCUGGUGGACGAGGGCAGGGCCGAUGCGGAGAUGCUCUACGUGGCGGAGAUGCGGCUGAUGCACGAGCAGCCGCACCCAGUCGGCGGCGAGAAAGUGAAGACGCUCUGCCAGAGGGACGUGAAGGAUGUGCUGGGCCCAUAUGCGUCGUGGUCGUUGUACUGGGACCGCCACGAUGAGGGGCUGUUCGUGGGCAACCCGAAGAGCGGCAAGGGACUCCACGUGGACCAGGUGCUGUGGAGCAACGUCGGGAAGAACUGGCGAGGCCACAAGCUGAUUGCGGCGUGGCCGAAGGGCGAGGUCAGCAGCAGAAUCGCCACGGAGUUCGACGAUGUACUCUUCUUCCCACCCCUCGCCGAGCGGGAACUGGCGGCCCUGCGGGAGGCGGCCAAGGUCGUGCUCGUGCGGCCAGGCGACGUCUACCUAUUGCGAAGGCAAUACGGCCAAUGCCGCCGACCCUGA